GCGGUGGCACUGGCGGCAGCUGGAGGCGUAACAGUGCGGGUCGCGGGUUUGGAGAACUUCCGAGGCGGCGGUGGCGCCGGCGACGACGACGACAGCAGGAGCGAGCCCUGUGCUUGUCGCUCAUCAUGCCCACGGUGGAGGAGCUGUACCGCAACUAUGGCAUUCUGGCCGAUGCCACUGAGCAAGUAGGCCAGCAUAAAGAUGCCUAUCAAGUGAUAUUGGAUGGUGUGAAAGGUGGUACCAAGGAAAAAAGAUUAGCUGCCCAGUUUAUUCCGAAAUUCUUUAAGCAUUUUCCUGAAUUAGCUGAUUCUGCUAUCAAUGCACAGUUAGACCUCUGUGAGGAUGAAGAUGUAUCGAUUCGACGUCAAGCAAUUAAAGAGCUGCCUCAGUUUGCUACUGGAGAAAAUCUACCCCGCGUGGCAGACAUAUUAACACAACUUUUGCAGACAGAUGACUCUGCAGAAUUUAACUUAGUGAACAAUGCCCUGUUAAGUAUAUUUAAGAUGGAUGCAAAAGGGACUUUAGGAGGCUUGUUUAGCCAAAUACUUCAAGGAGAGGACAUUGUUAGAGAGCGAGCAAUCAAGUUCCUUUCAACAAAACUUAAGACUUUACCAGAUGAAGUCUUAACAAAGGAAGUAGAGGAGCUUAUACUAACUGAAUCCAAAAAGGUCCUAGAAGAUGUAACUGGUGAAGAAUUUGUUCUGUUCAUGAAGAUAUUAUCUGGGUUAAAAAGCUUACAGACAGUGAGUGGAAGACAGCAACUAGUAGAGUUGGUGGCUGAACAAGCUGACCUGGAGCAAACCUUCAAUCCCUCAGAUCCUGACUGCGUGGAUAGGCUCUUACAAUGCACUCGCCAGGCGGUACCCCUCUUCUCUAAAAAUGUUCAUUCCACGAGGUUCGUGACUUAUUUCUGUGAGCAGGUUCUCCCUAACCUCAGUUCUUUGACUACUCCGGUGGAAGGUCUCGAUAUACAGUUGGAGGUAUUGAAAUUGUUGGCAGAGAUGAGUUCAUUUUGUGGUGACAUGGAAAAGCUAGAAACAAAUUUAAGGAAACUAUUUGAUAAGUUAUUGGAGUAUAUGCCUCUCCCUCCAGAAGAAGCAGAAAAUGGAGAGAAUGCUGGUAAUGAAGAACCUAAACUGCAGUUCAGCUAUGUGGAAUGUUUAUUGUAUAGCUUUCACCAGUUGGGCCGAAAACUUCCAGAUUUCUUAACAGCCAAACUGAAUGCAGAAAAGCUCAAAGAUUUCAAAAUCAGGCUGCAGUACUUUGCACGGGGCCUACAAGUUUAUAUCAGACAAUUACGCUUGGCUCUCCAGGGGAAAACAGGCGAGGCCUUAAAAACAGAAGAGAACAAAAUUAAAGUUGUUGCAUUGAAAAUAACAAACAAUAUCAAUGUUUUAAUCAAGGAUCUCUUCCAUAUUCCUCCUUCUUACAAGAGCACAGUAACAUUAUCCUGGAAACCUGUACAGAAGGUUGAGAUCGGGCAAAAGAGAGCCAGUGAAGAUGCAACUUCAGGUUCACCACCCAAGAAAUCUCCAGCAGGACCAAAAAGGGAUGCGAGGCAAAUUUAUAAUCCUCCUAGUGGGAAAUAUAGCAGCAAUUUGGGCAACUUUAAUUAUGGGUCUACAGCUACAUUCAGAGCCACAAGCUACAUUUCUUCUGUGUUUGCUGUACCAUGAAGUCCCGAGCAAGACCUAAACCCUUAUUCGCUUUUUCGUAGAGCAGAGAGGAGCCUUCAGGGGAAGUAGAGGUGGCCGAAGUUGGGGAGCACGAGGAAAUCGUAGUCGGGGAAGACUCUACUGAAUAAAACAUCACAUUCUUCAGCACUGUCAUGAGCUUAAUUAUUAUAUUCAAAUUCUGUUAUUCAUUGGAUUGCCGGGGAUGUCCCUUUAAAAUAACUGCUGCCUUCAGCUAAAAAUUUAAUGUUCUUUAUACCUUUGUAUUUAUGAUCUGCUUUUGUAACAGACCAUGGUUGUGUCCAAGGUGAAACCACAAAAAUAUUUUUGGAUGCUUUGUUAGCAAUCUCAACUUGUUCUUGCAGUAUCAUCAUUCAGACAUCAUACUGCAAAUCUUUCUCAUUUAAGCAUCUUGAUAAUUUGUUAUUGAGAGCUGUUCAAAUACAAAAUGUAAUGAAAUUCAUUCUUUCUGAUAACUGAUAGAGAUCAUCAGUUUUGAAAGGUUAUUGAUUUUCCUCUCCUCUCUGUCUUAUUUUUUUCUCUCAGUAUACGGAGAAGAGUAAUGGCCAAUCUUAUUUUCAUUGUUUUUUAAUAAAGCUGCAAGGCAAUGUUGCAGCAUUCCUAACCUAGUGUCAUAAAAGCAAAACACCAGCUUUCUUAAAAUGUAGAAAUGACAUUACAUUUUAAGAAAGAAGGAAGGUGCUUUGCACUGCUCACAUAACUCUUUUCCAUAUAUUGUGAUGUAAACUUUUGAGUAUGGGAUCUUACUAUUCAGAAUAGAAAUGUGUAUGUAUAAUAUACAUACAUAAGCAUACAUAUGUGUAUAUAUGGAUAUAUCUAUCUAUAUAUAUAGAUAUAUGCAUGCUAUGAAACUUGACUAUAUGACAUAAAUCAUUUUUUAAAAUUCCAGGAACGGGUAGUCUUUAACACAGUUAUUAUUUUUGGGGGGCUGAAUCCAUUAGUGACUUAUCUUGGUUUUUCUCCCAAUGGUGAGGGGUUUUAAGUCAGUUGUACUUACAUGAUUACUGUUAUUUAAAAAUAAACACAGGCUGCAUUUUCAAAGAUAAAUUUGGAGAUCCCUAUUGGUGAAAUAUAGCCAAAAUAAUGAAUCUAAUGUACAUAGGUUUCUAUAGGAUGAGAUAGUGUAAUUUAGAAUUUGGGGGUUUAAUAACCAGGGCUACCCAGGAAAAGUGACUUGAUAACAUGGUGUAGUGACACAUAAGGGAUGCUCUCUCAGUUUGUUUUUGCCACUUUCAAGAUUUUAACUUCUCAGGUUAUUAAUCAAAAUUAUUGUAUAAGUUAGCCAAUAGAAUAUUUAGGUUAAAACAACAGAUGGGGGGGUUGUGGAGUGUUUAAUGUCAUGGGCAUUUUUAAUAGCCUAGGCCCUUUGCUCUGCAAUUUCAGUGUUUCCUGUAUUUUUGUUCAACAGUUAAUCUUUCCUCCCCUAAGUUUGCUAUUCAAGUCAAAUGCCUGAAUGACAUUUUUUUUGUAGUUUAAUGUAUUUUUUGAAGAAUAGUUUGUUUCCAUUGCAGGUGUCUUCAUUGUUGUUUAUUAAUGUGCCCUCAGUUACAUCUGUGUUGAAAAAGCAAAACCCCUUUGCUAGAAUUACUAACACACAUUGGGGGGGGGGGGGGGUUUCAGAUACAAGUGAGCAAAAGAAGUUGGUCAGCUUGAAUAUGGAGUGGUGGCAAUAAUCAUUAAACAUUCCAAAAGACUAUGAGCUGAACCUAAGCUCCUUGGAAUCUGAACAGACAUAGGAACAUGGAAUCGCCAUUUGAAAACUGUGACAGGUUAGUCUGGGCCUCAAAGGCAGAUCACCUUGUGGCCUAAAGCCAUUUCACUUUAUUGGAACUAGAGCUAUAAAAAAAUUUCAACAUUAAGUGUAACUUUCCUGCCUUUUUUAAAAAAGUAUAUUUGUAAACUCAAAGCAGAGUGAUUUUGCUUUCUUGAGUUCAUUAUUGAGUUGACUGCGUUCCUUCCCUUCUGCCUUGCUGUUCCCCUUCUCCUUUCUUAAGGCAAUAGUGCACAAUUUAGGUUAUUUUUCUUUAAAAAUUUAAUGAAAAAUUUAAUGCCAUGCAUUUUUUUCCUUUAGCGAGACACCUGUUUAUCACCUUGUUGAAAUGUAAAUGUUCCCUUAUGCUUUUGAAAUAAAAUUCCUUUUGUAAUUUU